ACGGUUCACCGCAGCAUCCAUCCGUGUCUCCCAGCCCGGCGGUCACUGCUCGGUCUACACAAGGACGAGUUCACCGCGAGCAGCCCACCGGACGUUGGUCUCUCCUCCCGGCCGCCCCCUGUUUGCUGAUGUGAAUUUAAUUCACGUUUCGGGGAUUGUUGUCGUUUCACGUCCACUCAAAAUGACGAGUUACAAGGCGUUUCAUUCUCAGCUGACGUCCAUCAUGGAGGCACUGGCCAAAGCGGCUGUGGCGGAGAUCUGCGAGCUGGUGGAUGACAGCUACGCCGUGCUGCAGCUGGAAAUCACCCGGAGCCACAAGGAGAACGAGGCGCUGAGGAGGAAGCUGGAGCUGAUCGAGACCAUCAUCGCCCGGGGACACCGGGGGGGCGUCGCGAUGUUGGAUUACAGCGGGUCGGAGGUAGAGACCGGCGGGGGGCUGAUGGAUUUCACUGUCGAAUGUGCCUUACCACCUGCAGCGGGGGCCAAACAGCCAAAGGCCUCAGGUAUCAAAAGAAGUGGAAGAGUUCCUGCUUUAGAGGCGACCGCAGAGGUGAACCCUGUAACCAAAGAGGACGCUGCGUCAGCAGCUGCUGAGGAGGCGAACGAUCAGGACAUCGUUUUAAUAAAGGAGGAAACGGCAAAGGAGGAGGUGAAUGACAACGAUGCCACAGACGAGCUGCUUCUCAACGAGGACGGGACGGAGGCCCAGCCAUCGGAUGACAGCGAGGAGGGCCCCUCUGGGAUGAUGAUGUCCACCUCAGCGGCCGACACGAGGCCGUGGGAUCACAGCGGUAACGGGCUGUCAGAGCGAGUCGAGCAUCAAGAAUCCCACAGUGCGCCGGGGUCUCCGGGUCCUGCAGCGGCCGCGGAGAGCAGCUCUGCAGAAGCUGUGUUUGAUUUGGCCUCAGAGUCGGACUGUGAAGCUCCGUCUGCAGCCCCUAUGAGAAAGCCGUUCCUCCUCGGAUCUGGGGAAAGUCCAGCUUCCCAGUCUGGGACAUCAGAACUGAAGCGGGGCAUGUCUCUGAUCAGUUCCCUCCCCUAUGACACAGAGCUGGACCUCUGCUCCUCAUGGACCAAUCACGGUCUGCCGAGCAUGGUGCCCGUGCCUCAUCGGGCGUAUCUUAAACCGGACCACCGGCCGACGCUUCUGGACAAAGCGUCCGACUUGAACGCCGCGGGUUUCCCCUUGGCGCUGGGCCUCGGCGGCUCCAGACUGGACCCACUGGACCUGAACAGGUACUGCAGAGACAGGCGCUUUGUCUGCAGCUACUGCGGGAAAUGCUUCACGUCGUCACGGAGCCUGGAGACACACGUGCGCGUACACACAGGUGAGCGGCCGUACAGCUGCGCGCAGUGCGGGAAGCGCUUCACUCAGUCAGGUCACCUGAAGACGCACCAGAGCGUCCACACCGGAGAGCGGCCGUUCGCCUGCGAGCACUGCGGGAAAAGAUUUGCGGGGAAGCAAAACCUGAGGAUCCAUCAGCAGAAACACCACCCGGCUGAGCAGGGAGGAGUCUGCGCCCGGCCUGGUUUCCCGGCGAGCCGCGGGAUGUCCGUUUUAACGAGCAAAGCGCUGCACGAGCAGCUGUCCAUCAUCAUGGGCGCGCUGACCAAAGCGGCGGUGGCGGAGAUCUGCGAGGUGGUGGACGAAGGCUACGCGGUGCUGCAGAUGGAGAUCACCCGGAGCCACAGGGAGAACGAGGACCUGAAGAAGAAGCUGCACCUCAUCGAGUCCAUCGUGGUCCGGGGGAGCGGCGGGGGGAAGGCGGCGGAGCUGGAGGUCGUGGCGGCCGCGGAGGGCGCACAGCGGGCGGAAACGCCGCCGCAGCUGCAGCAGCAGCAGCUGGACGGUGACGGAGGAGACGGAGGAGCUGCGGUGGUGGUGCGGGAGGAGCUUCCAGAGGUGGUGCUGAUCAAAGACGAAGACUCAGACACGAACGACACCUUUGAGGAAGAUAACAGAACAUCUGCUGACGGAGGGACGGCUGCAGCCAGAGAGGCCGCCACGUCGCCUCUGAGCAUCCCGAGUGUGAAGAGACACUGGCCGGGAAACGAAGAGGCCGAGAAGAAGUCGUCCUCUGAGCAGCUGAAGCUGAAAACAUCCAAACUGUCUGCAGGGACGCAGAAAAAGAACGUGUCUGUCUACACUCUGGACUCUCCCCACAGCGAGCCGGGCUGCUGCGGUCAGCUCGGCGCUGACGAGGUGGAGGCAGGCGAGUCGGUUUGUUCCUACUCCUCACAGAUGGACCCAGACGUCCAUCUGGUCCACCAGGAGUGCUCGCUGGUUUCUGGGAGCUCUAACAGACAGACUUAUUUUGGUAACAGCGCUCUGACCGAGUCUCAUUCUCCUUCAAACAGAGCAGAGGUGGAUCUCAGUCUCACGUGGACCAAACAGUCGAAAGGUCAGAUGUCUUUUGCUCAGUUUCAUCAAAACGAAAACGUGGAUGGUGAUGCUUUCGGGCUCAAGCUGAUCAGUGUCUCGGGCUCGACCUCCACGGACUGCCAGCUGUCCGAAAGCAGCAACUCUGCGUUUGAGUACGAGGACGCUGACAUGAUGAACUUCGGCCUCUACAGGGACCAGUCGGGUCGGCUUCAGCUGUGUAACGGGCAGCUGAGCUCCGGCGCCCGAGGGAAGCGCUUCAUAUGCUCCAUCUGCAACAAGACGUACGCCACGUCUCAGAACCUGGACGUUCACAUGCGGAUCCACACGGGCGAAAGGCCGUUCACCUGCAUCCAGUGCGGCAAGAAGUUCACCCAGUCGGCUCACCUGAAGUCGCACCUGAGCGUGCACUCCGGAGAGCGGCCGUACGCCUGCACACUCUGCUCCAGGAGCUUCAUCGUCAAAUACAGCCUCAAGUUACACAUGAAGAAAUGUCACUCAGACAUCUGAGUGUGUGUUAUGAGUCUGUGACUGUAAAUAUCCAUUUUUAAAAAGGAGAAACAGCAUUUCAGAGGUUGGAUUCCAACAAUUAGCCAAUUAAUCGGUUAAUUAAAGCAACUAUUUUAAAUCAAAUAAUCAUUUGAGUCUUUUUACAAGAAAACUGCCAAACAUCUGAUGGUUUUAGCUUCUCAAAUUUUGAUAAUUAGCAUUUUUUCUGUCUCUUAACAUGAUGGUAAAAUGAACACUUGUGGUUUUGAUGUGCUGUUCAGAGAAAACGAGACAUUUGGAAACGUUGGGAAACUGAUGAGCAUCAUUCAGCAGUUAAUGUAGAAAGUAACUGUCAGAUUAGAACAUCCCAUUCAUCAAACGGGAGAUGCCUGAUUCUGAGUGAAACCUUUUGGGAUGAAAGGUUUGGAGGAGCUCUGUCUGUGCUGUUUAAAGUCUAAUGUACAGAUCAAAAAGCUUUUCAUUGUGUGAAAAGUGAAAACACUGUAUAAAUGACGGUUUGUGUGUCAGUCUGGUUAA